UUUCAGAUGUCAGCUCUUCCCCUUAUUACCUUUCAUUGCUCAUAUGCCCUCAGCCUGGAGCUCUGCUGUUACCGGAUAUUUAGACGACGGGCAGCCGUUACGACUCUUUUUUGCUUGUUUUUAACCCAUUUCACCAAGUUUGUGAUGACUGUACCUCGUUUUAAAGCUUUUUAAACACUUUUUUUUAACAGUCUAUAAUCGAUUUUUUUUUUUUUUUUUUUAAAUAAAACUGGAGGUCCGUAGCUGAAUGGUAAUGUAUUAUCGGUCAGUGGAAUGAAACGCAGCGGCUCACUCCUCUGGUUUCACAACGGAGCGGUGGUUUCCUCAGGUGUCAGCACUCUAUCCUCGGAGUCCGGUCACAUCACCGAGCACCGGGCGGCGACAACAACCCCGAGUAGCCUCUAAGUCCACUGGGAAGGAGGGAGGGGGAAACCCAGCGAGGCCACCACCAGCACCAGCAGCACUAUGGCGUCGGACGACUGUAGUAAAGAUGAGUUGCUGGAAUUCGCAGGAGAGAACCGCACAGACUCGGGCAUUGACUCGUACCGCUCCAUGCUGAAGUCGGAGGAGCCCCGGGAUCCCGGCACGGACAUCAGCGGGCCGAGGGAGAAGUUCUCCACCGUGGAGGAGCGCCUGGAUUCUGCCUACGGCUCCUCGUCCAUCACGGGGGAGAGUCUGACAGAGUUAGUGGAGAGCUGCACGCUUUCCGGCGACCAGGAGGAGCAAACACACAGCUCUGAACUCUCUGAACAGGAGGAGAACUUGCUCACAACUAUUACUGAAGAGGGAGACACAUUCCUGCACUUAGCAAUCAUCCAUGAAGACGAUAUCAUCAUUCAGCACUUGAUAGAGCUAUUCCCAAAAGAAGUCCUGGACAUCCAAAACAAUUUAUACCAGAGCCCUUUGCACCUGGCCACCUAUCUGAACCUGACAGAUGUGGUGAGGAGCCUGGUGGAGAAAGGGGCCAGCCUGGAGCUGCAGGACCAGGAUGGGAACACAGCACUCCACGUGGCCUGCCAGCACGGACAGACAGAUUGUGCCAGAGAGAUGACCAAAGAUGUUUCCCCUAGCAAACUGGCGCCGAUCCUUGAGACCCAGAACUGGAGAGGUCUUGCCUGUCUCCACUUGGCUGCACUGAACAGGCAACAUCAGAUUAUGAAGCUCCUGAUGAAAAAGGGAGCGGACCUGAAUAUCCAGGAAGGAACCAGUGGGAAAACAGCUCUUCACCUCGGCGUUGAGCUGCAUGACAUCAAAUCAGUGCGUCUGCUGCUCAGUAGGGGAGCCAAUGUGGAUGCUGCCAUGUUUAACGGCUGCACACCCCUGCAUCUCGCAGUGGGGAGGCAGGACGCCACCAUCGCCAACCUCCUCUGCCAGUCUGGCGCCGACACAAUGCUGCGAAACAUGGAGGACGAGACGGCACUGGAUCUGGCUGAUGGCAAUGAUGAUAUUCUGGCUCUAUUUCCUUUUGAUGACAUCCAGAUAUCUGGGAGGUCUGUGGUCGGUGUGAAGUUCUGAGCUGAAUCAUAGGCUAAAUAAGAUUUUUGAAAUUGUCUUGAGCUUCACUGCGGCCGGAAUUGUUCUGAAAUAGCUGUAUUUGCGCUGUUUGUAUUGAAUAGUGCCUUUAUUUGUAGUACACUCUGAUUUGAUCUAUAUUUAUCUAUUGUGUAGACAAAUAUGCGCACCGUAUAAAUCCUAGUUCCCUCUGACAAAGAGUGAUUCUGCUUAAUUGAGCACUGAUAAAACAAAUCAAUGUUUCUGAGUCAUUGGCUCAAUUGUUUUGCUCCUUUUCAUAUGCCUCUGGAGGGGUUGUAAGCCACCUCACUGUGAGAGCCAAACUUUCUAUCAGCAUGUUCAGUGUCCAUAAAAAAUUCUACCUCUUCAUCAUAUUAAUCUAGCUUUAAUGGCUAGAGAAGGAACAUGCAAAUUGCUUUGUUUCAAAGUUUCUCAAACUUUAUCAGUGCUGACUGCCUUUGUAUAGAUAUGGAAGUACAAUAUGUUUCUGUGUCUGAAACUCUGGGAAUGUGACCUUUCAUCGUGCCUGCAGUCCAGAGAAGACAAACUAAUUACACCCCUGCUUUUUCUUAGAAAACUGAUAACCCACUUAUCUUUAAUAAAACAUAAAAUGCAGCUUCAUCUUUCUGAUCUUUUAGGAUCUUUUGUGAAACAGGUUUCUCUAUUUAUCUCAUUGUAGCCAUCAUCUGCAGAAAUCUGAUCUUUGGUGUGUAAUUACAUUGGCUUGUCUAGUUAACAUAAGCAGUUCAUUUAUUUUGUAAUAAAAUGGGAAAAAAACGAA